CGAAAUACAAUAAGCAUCUAAAGUUGAAAACAAAGACACUUGUAGAUCUUUAUAUUCUUAGAGUCUUACAGUUUUUUUUUGUAGUCAUCCGAAGAUGCAGUACUUGAACAGAAAUGGAACUUAUGUUUUGUUUAAUGAUGUGACAUCACCUAUGGUUAUAAUUGCUACAAAGCCUCAGGUCCCUGUAAGGACUGAUCCGAAUUUGUUUUGUUUUCUUGGACCCCAAGACUACUUGUUCACCUUCAAGGUAUUCAGCUGUUUCGUUAAUCCCGUGUUGUCUAUAUUGGGUCUCUUUGUCAAUGGACUCUGUCUAGUCGUGUUGGCCAAAGGAGGUUUUAGAAAGCCGUCCUACAUUCUACUUUUCGCGCUUGUUUUCGCAGACUCCAUGAACCUGUUUUUAAGCCUGGACUUUCCCAACAGAAUUCGAUACUUCGGACCUGUCAAGACCAAGACUGGGUACUGCACCUUUGAGUACGACACUACGAUGAAUCAGUAUCUCUAUGUCUCACACGAGUUUUUCACUUUCGUGGGGUUGUGGGGUCGAACUAUUAACGCCACGAUACCGAUGAUUAUAACCAUGGAGCGAAUACUUGCUGUGUACUUUCCAGUGACGUUUACUAGAGUGGUUACACCGAAGUCGAUUACUGCGUCCUGUUGUGCCGCUUACGUCAUGUGGCUGCCUCACAUUAUCGUUCAGAGCUUCUACAGUCGUCUGCUUUAUAUCCAGCUAUCAAACGGAAAUGUUGUCGCCAUUACUACCGUUACAGAAUUUUUGAUUAAAAAUUUCCGCAUUCUCUACAUAUUCACAGCGUACUUUCUUGAAGCGAUGACGUCAUGGGUGCCCAUCUGCUUCGUCUGUCUAGGCUGCAUCCUCAUCGGCAUCAAGGUCUCCGUCUCAAUCUCUCAGCGGCGUAAGCUUACUAGCUUGAGGAAGGAGCACCAAUGGUCGCCCAGAACCACUCGCACCCUUCUGACCACCUGCCUUAUAUUUGCCGUCACCCACGUCAUUAAUUCACUCAUCGGCUUACUUGUAACUAUUGACGACAAGACCCCUCUAUUGACCUACUUGCUGUUGGAAAUCGCAGAAUUCUUCAAUAUCCUGAACUGCACCAGCAACUUCCUAGUCUAUUUCUUCUUAAACAAAAAACUUUGGAGAGUUUUACUUCAAAUAAUUGGUAAAAAAAACUUGGCGUCUGCUUAAAACGUCCAGAUUUAGCAAUAUUAAAAAACUCUUUCAUCUCGAUGUCAAGAACGGCACGCCUAUUGUUUCCAUUUUAAGUUUGACCAAACCAAUUGUAUUCAGUGCCAGCUUUAAGCCUGUGUAGGACCAGGGCAGGGCUUUUGUGGAGGUAUUUACCUUCUUUAACCAAAUGAAUAAUGCUAGGGUAACGACUUAUUAGAGUAAGCUACAUUUAAUAUUAUUUUUGUCUUCUUUCUUUAUAUAAAGUAAACUUAUUAUUGAUUUUAUGUUUGUUUACUUAACGACAUGAAUCUGAAGUCCUAGGAGGACUCACUGUGUGCACGUACGUAAGCACAACCCUAAUUUAAAUAGCUCUUAAAAUAAUGAGCAAUUAGUUACUUAUAAUCGUCUGUAUCUUAGAACUGAAGAAAUAUGUUUAUAUAUAUGUUUUUUAUUUUUUUUAAAGACACAACCUCCUUUAUACAAAUAUAUAGAGAUUAUUUGU